AUGCAAGAGAACAAGGUCAUUGCUUAUGCUUCAAGACAGCUUAGGAAACAUGAAGAGAACUACCCUACUCACGACCUUGAGAUUGUUGAUGUGGUAUUUGCACUCAAGAUAUGGAGGUCUUACUUAAAUGGAGAGACUAUUGAGAAUGUUAGCUUAGCAACAAUAGACGGAGAAGCUAGCGAACCACUAGGAGCACAAGCAGUGCGCCAAGCUGGAUUACUACAACGAAUCCAAGAAGAACAAGGGAAGGACAAAAAUCUGCAAAAGAUUUCCGAAGACGUGCGAACCCAAGGAGGGAGAAAUGCUAGUGGAUAUCAUUUAGCUGAUGAUGGAACACUCUUACACAAUGGAAGAAUUAUAGUAUCCGAUAGCGGAGGCUUACGGGAAGAAAUUUUAGGACUUGCACAUCAUACCUGA